UGCCGCCCGCCGCCGGGUGGAGGGCGUGGGCCGGGCGCUGGGGAGGCAGGUGGGCUCUCCGUUGACCAGGUCCGCGGUGAGCGGCUGGGAGCAGGCCAAGUCCACGUGCUGGCAGGACUCGUCAUCUCUAAGUCAAGUCGUUUUCAGUCUUGUUGUGGAGGGUGCAGCCCACUGGCCCAUGUGGGAAUCGAACCUGCGAAGUGUGUGUUAGGAGCACUGUGUUCUAAGGAACCGAGCCAACCGGCCGCCGCCUCCCAAGUAUCUGCCUUUUGUCUUUGUUGCAUGCAUUCUCCUCUUGGACCAUCUCAUCAGUUCCAUCACAUUGAACCUCCACUCUUGUGCUCCAGAAUGUCCCUGGCUGCUUAUUGUGUCAUGUGUUGCAGAAGACUAGGAACCUCAACUCCUCCGCCAAAAAGCAACACAUACUGGAAAGAUAUCAGAAAUAUAAUAAAGUUUACUGGAUCCCUUAUUUUAGGAGGUUCAUUAUUUCUUACAUAUGAGAUCUGGGCUCUGAAAAAGUCUUUGACAUUGGAUACUCAAGUUGUAGAAAAAGAAAAAAUGAAGUCAUAUAUAUAUGUGCACACAGUUUCUUUAGAUAAAAGAGAAAAUCAUGGAAUCACCUACCAGGCGAGAAAAGAGCUUCACAAAGCGGUAAGAAAAGUAUUGGCAAUAUCAGCCAGGAUAUUACGGGGUCCGUUUGCUGACAAUUUCACUACAUUUGACAUAGAGGAUCAUGAGUGUGCCGUGUGGCUCCUGCUAAAGAAGAGUAAGUCGGACGACAGAGCCGCCCGACUGCAGGCUGUGCAGGAAAUGGUGGAGGCCCAUCACUGGCAUGAUUACCAGUUUAGGACAAUUGCUCAAGCCUAUGAUCUGAGGACUCUUAUUGGUUUGGCACGAAGCAAAGAGAGUGAUCCUCGCUUUUUUCUCCCACCGCCUCCUUUACCACCUUUAAAAGAAGAUUCUUCCAUCGAAGAAGAGCUCAGACACUUGCUGGCUUCUUUACCUCAAACGGAGCUGGAUGAGUGUAUCCAGUAUUUUACAUCUUUGGCUCUGAGUGAAAGCAGCCAGAGUCUAGCAGCUCAGAAGGGUGGCUUAUGGUGUUUUGGAGGAAAUGGACUUCCUUAUGCUGAGAGCUUUGGAGAAGUUCCUUCAGCUACAGUGGAAAUGUUCUGUUUAGAAGCUUUAGUAAAACAUUCUGAGAUACCCACACACUGUGAUAAAAUUGAAGCAAAUGGAGGCUUGCAACUACUUCAGAGGCUGUACCAACUUUACAAGGACUGUCCUAAAGUCCUGAGAAGUGUAAUGCGUGUCGUUGGAAAUAUGGCUUUAAAUGAACACCUUCAUUCUACUAUAGUUCGCUCAGGCUGGGUUUCCAUACUGGCAGAAGCAGUGAAGUCUCCCGACAUCAUGGAGUCGUCGCACGCCGCCAGGGCCCUGGCUAAUCUAGACCGUGAGACUGUGCCAGAAAAGUACCAGGACGGUGUAUACGUGCUCCACCCCCAGCACCGCACAAGUCAGCCCAUUAAAGCAGAUGUCCUUUUUAUCCACGGCCUCAUGGGGGCGGCGUUCAAAACGUGGCGCCAGCAGGACAGUGACCAGGUUUUAACUGAAAAGGUUUCAGAGGAUGAAACCAGGUACACAACAUGUUGGCCCAAGACGUGGUUAGCAAGAGACUGUCCCGCUCUCCGAAUUAUAUCUGUGGAAUACGACACCAGCCUUAGUGAGUGGAGAGCAAGGUGCCCCUCGGAAAGAAAGUCCAUUGCGUUCAGGAGCAACGAACUUCUUCGGAAGCUCAGAGCUGCGGGUGUUGGGGAUAGGCCAGUGAUUUGGGUAUCACACAGCAUGGGAGGUCUCCUUGUCAAAAAGAUGCUGCUGGAAGCCUCUCAAAGGCCAGAGAUGAGCAGUGUUAUAAACAACACCAGAGGAAUCCUGUUUUACAGCGUGCCCCAUCACGGGUCCCACCUGGCAGAGUACUCGGUUAGCGUUCGCUAUCUGCUCUUUCCCUCUUUGGAAGUCAAAGAGCUCAGCAAGGAUUCUCCUGCACUUAAAACACUACAGGAUGACUUUGUGAAGUUUGCUAAAGACAAAAACUUCCAGGUGCUGAGUUUUGUAGAAACACUACCAACCUACAUUGGCAGCAUGAUCAAACUCCAUGUGGUACCUGUGGAAUCCGCAGAUUUAGGCAUUGGAGAUCUAAUUCCUGUGGAUGUUAACCAUUUGAACAUUUGCAAGCCAAAGAAAAAGGACGCUUUUUUGUAUCAACGUACCUUACAGUUCAUCCGUGAAACUUUAGCCAAAGACCUUGAAAACUGACAGUUGUCUUCCAUUUUUCAUAUGUGAACACAGUGUAAGAAACUUGGUGUUCUCUUUUUCUAAGCAAUCACACAAAUGUAGUCACUGUGGCACCAGCGUGGUCUGGAGGAUGUCGCAGGCAACAGAAUAUUCUGUAAAGCACAAACAGAAGUUAUCAAAGGGUAAUGGACUAGACUGGAUUCUUUUGAUUUAAAAGAAAUUCCAUGUGUGCCAGUAUGUUUUGCAGUGUUGUCCAUGGUGACACAGGGCAAGCUUCUAUGGCUAGAGAAUGCCUUUUGUCAUCUGUAACUCUGUGGUUUAUGCUAGAGGAGCACUGAUGGCUUGUGAAAGGAUAGCCAUCAUCCUCAUACCAUAAAAAUGCCAUUUGGAGGGUACCUGUAAGAGAAUGAACUAGAACAUAAACAUUCUGGUUUUGUUCUGGGUUUCCAUGUGCUGUAUAUUUUUAAAAACAUGUCAGCAUAAACUUUUGUCUACAUGUUAACUUUGUUAUACCUAUUUGUCAUCCAUGGGUCCGUUCCUUGUAAAUUUUUAUUUUCAUAUUGCUGAGAACAAAUAUUUCUCUUUUUUUAAAAAAAUUCUAGCUUAUAGUAAUUCCAGACUUUAGCUACCUAUACUUGUAAUUUUUCCCAGAUAAAGUAGCUAAUCUAUUCUUGAUCAGAGUGUGAAAUAAAACUAUUUUCUGAGCCAUUAUAUAUAUUAGCAAUACUUAGUAUCAAGAUUCUCAGAUUCUCUUUAGCUAAAUAAAAUAUACCUUUCUUGCUCAUUUGGAAGUGGUAUGUGAGAAAUAAGAAAUCAUGUUGAGACUUUCUUUUUAAUAGUAUUCUUGAGAUGUAACUCACAUACCAUAAAAUUCAUCCUUUUAAAUAUACAGAUCAUUGAUUUUUUUUAGUAUAUUUACAGAAUUGUACAACCAUCACUAUCUAAUUUCAGAACAUUUGAUCAUCCCCCCAAAUAACCCAUAACCAUUAGCAAUCACUCUUUACCUCCUCCCGCCAGCCCCUGGCAAACACUAAUCCUCUUUGUCUCUAUGAUUUACCUAUUUUGGACGUUUCAUAUAAACUAAAUCGUACAAUAUGUGCCCUUCUGUGUCUAGCUUCUUUUCUCUUAGCACAGUGUUUCUAAGGCUCAUCCAUGAUGGUGCAGUAUCAGCACUUCAUUCCUUUUUAUGGCCAAGUCAAUUUCCAUUGUAUGGACGUGCCACAUUCACUGAUGCUUUCUUCAGUUGAUGGACAUUUAGGGUCUUUCCAGGUUUUUGGCUGUUACGCUGCUAUGAAUCUUCAUGUGCAUUUGUUUGUGGAUGUAUGGUUUUCCAUUCUCUUUGGGUAUAUGUUGGGAGUGGAAUUGCUGAGUCAUACUAAGCUCAUGUUUACCAUUUCGAAGAUGAUGGACAUUUAUAGAAAGUCAAAGCUAAUACCGGAGUAUAGCAUCUGACGGUAAACUGGGGUCAUGAGUAAACCCUGUCAACAUCUAAUUGUUUAAUUAUGCAACAACCUAACAAGGUGACUUAACCACUUAUUUUAUUAUGUAGAUACACAAAAUGUGAUGGUUAGCUAACAGUAAGUUAGUUAAAAACAAAAAUCGCUAGCUAAUGGGAUGACAUUGGGAGAAGGGGUUAAUAUGUUUGCUUCAUUUUCUUUUUCUGUUUUCCAUGAACCGUGGCAGAUAAACCAUGGUUGAAACUGUUUAUUAUGUUAGAGUAAUGGAAUGAAAUCCCACUCCUUAAAAUCUCAAUAUAACUGUGCUUUCAAAAUACAGUCAAAGAGAGAGCCAAUGUAUUACUAAAUUACUGUAGUUUUCCAGGCAAGGCACUUAACAUUUUCUUUUUAUUCUGUCUGUGAAAUGGAUAUUAUGUACACAGAUUCACUUCAUCAGUUUUGUGAGAUUUAAGUCAAUGUUUUGAAAAUAAUAAUUGCCUGAAGAAUACAAAGUAUGAAAACAUGUACUUGAAAUAGUUUUAAACUUAGACCAUCAAUAAAAUAGUUUUCCUAGUUCAA